AUGUUGAUGGAUGAUAUUGAGGCCACGCUUAACCGCAUGAUGGCGUUUCCGUCUGGGACGUCGUCACCGGACGCUGCAGUGGACUUGCAAAACGCUGCUCGUGCUCUGGAGGUGGCGGACCACAUUCCUCUCUUGACGGAGACAUGCAUGUCGCUUUGCGUCGAGUUAAUGGAGAACUCACCUGCCCAGGUUGCCACUGUUCAUGCUGUAUUGGCGUUGCUGGCUCGGUGCUGCAUGCGGGAGGAAAACAGGGGAUUAGCAACACGUUUUGGAGUUUCCGGUUUAUGCAUUAUUAUUCUCCAAGGCCAUAGGAGUUUAUCUGAGGAUACACUUUUUGCCGUCUUUGACUUGAUUAGUACGCUUUGCAUGAAUGACGGAAACACGCGUAGGAUGUUGCGUCCAUCGAUUCCUUACGUCAUAGCGGUCAUGAGAGAGCGAGCAGACUCACUCCAAUUGGCGUUUGGAGGCGCGGUUGUGUUGACCACCUUGACAAUGCUUGAUAACGCCAAUGUAGCUCUUGCUGUGGAACAAGGCUGUAUUCAACUGUUGAUCACCUCCUUUAUCAGCGCGUAUGAUCAAAAGCGGCAGCUUAUGUGUCAGCGCACCCCCCACGCGUCACUGAGAAAAAAGGAAGAGAAACAGCAGCUGUGUGAAAACGUUAUGCGUUGGUCACAUGAUGCCUUGUGGAAGCUGGUUCAAUCACCCUUCCCUGUCGUGGAUGAGAAGUUGGAGGCGGCUGACUUUGGCAACUACGGCAGCCGCCUUGAGGUGGACGACCUAAAGUGGACGUUGAAGUUUGAGCGAAGAAAAGUGAAAGUCAGUCCUCCAUGA